AUGGCUUCGACCAAGGAUCUCAGAGUUGAGAAACUCUUCUCGGUCAAGGAUUACGUAUGCGUAGUCACGGGCGGCGGCACGGGCAUUGGCCUAAUGGCAGCACAAGCUCUGGCCGCCAAUGGUGCCAAGGUGUACAUUACAGGAAGGAGACAGGAGGCCCUCGAAGCAGCGGCUAAGUCUCACAGUCCUGAUGGGAUGGGAGAGAUCAUCCCCUGCGUUCCUUGCGAUGUCACUAAGAAAGAUGACCUUGAGAAGCUGUACGCAGAGAUCUCCUCGAAGGAGAAAUACGUCAAUCUUCUCACUGGAAUCGCAGGGACCAAGGCGGAGCCCGAUCAGCAGCACGCUGGGAGCCUGAAGGAGAAACUAUGGAAUAACGAGACGUUUGAGGCCUGGAACGACGUGUAUAACGCCGAUGUCACAUCGGUCUACUUCACAACAGUCGCCUUUCUGCCUCUACUGCAAGCAGGUACAGAGACCCACGGCCAUCUCUCGGCUUCAGUCAUCGUCAUUUCCUCCAUGAGCGGAAUCAUGCGCCACGCGCAGGGCCACUUCUCAUACAACGCCGCGAAGGGUGGCACUGUUCACCUGGCAAAGCUUAUGAGUGCGGAGUUCCAGAAGGUCCGUGUCAGAGUCAACAGCAUAGCGCCCGGCUACUUCCCGUCGGAGAUGACGGCAAAGCAAAGCGGUCCGGACCAGAAGAGCCACCUUCCAGCAGAGAACAUUCAGGCGAAGGGACACGUGCCGGCGCAACGCCCGGGCAGCGACGAGGAGAUGGCGCAGGCUGUGCUCUUUUUGACCAAGAACGCGUACGUCAACGGAGAAAUCCUCGCGGUCGAUGGCGGUGUGCUUAACGUCGUUUCGGGAAGGUGA